UCGUCCAGCAGUUGCAUUAAUUCGGAAACUGAUAGCAGUGUUAGAAUCUAUUGAACGUCUACCUCUCCACUUGUAUGAUACACCAGGAUCUACGUAUAAUCUUCAGAUAUUAACAAGGCGCUUGAGGUUUCGUUUGGAACGUGCCUCAGGGGAGACAUCUUUAAUAGAUCGAACUGGUAGAAUGCUAAAGAUGGAGCCGUUGGCGACUGUUGAAUCUCUAGAACAGUAUCUCCUGAAAAUGGUAGCAAAGCAAUGGUACGACUUUGAUAGGGCUUCAUUUGUUUUUGUGCGAAAACUACGUGAAGGCCAAACAUUCGUGUUCAGGCAUCAACAUGAUUUUGAUGAAAAUGGAAUUAUUUACUGGAUUGGGACAAAUGCAAAAACUGCAUAUGAGUGGGUAAAUCCAGCAGCCUAUGGGUUAGUAGUGGUUACAUCCUCAGAAGGAAGAAAUCUGCCUUAUGGCCGUUUAGAAGACAUCCUAAGCCGUGACAGUUCAGCCCUCAAUUGUCAUACUAACGAUGAUAAGAAUGCUUGGUUUGCCAUAGAUCUUGGCCUUUGGGUUAUACCAUCAGCUUACACGUUACGUCAUGCUCGAGGUUAUGGACGAUCUGCUCUCAGAAAUUGGGUUUUCCAGGUGUCUAAGGAUGGACAGAACUGGACGACUUUGUAUACUCACGUUGAUGACUGUAGUCUCAACGAACCAGGAUCUACAGCAACAUGGCCUUUAGAUCCUCCAAAAGAUGAGAAACAAGGUUGGAGACAUGUUAGAAUAAAACAGAUGGGAAAGAAUGCCAGUGGGCAAACACACUACCUCUCCCUGUCUGGAUUUGAACUUUAUGGCACUGUGAAUGGAGUAUGUGAAGAUCAGCUGGGAAAAGCAGCUAAAGAAGCUGAAGCAAAUCUGCGAAGGCAGCGACGUCUGGUCCGUUCUCAGGUGUUGAAAUACAUGGUUCCAGGAGCUCGUGUAAUCAGAGGAAUUGAUUGGAAAUGGAGAGAUCAGGAUGGAAGCCCACAGGGUGAAGGCACUGUUACGGGAGAAUUGCAUAACGGCUGGAUUGAUGUCACCUGGGAUGCUGGUGGCUCUAACUCUUACCGUAUGGGCGCAGAAGGAAAGUUUGACCUCAAGCUUGCACCAGGGUACGACCCUGAUUCAGCGGCAUCACCCAAACCUGUUUCAUCCACUGUUUCAGGCACAACGCAGUCAUGGAGCAGCUUGGUGAAAAACAACUGUCCAGACAAGACGACUGCUGCUGCAGGCUCCUCAAGUAGAAAAGGAAGCAGCAGUUCUGUGUGUAGCGUGGCCAGUAGCAGCGACAUCAGCUUGGGUUCGACCAAAAUGGAGCGGAGAUCAGAAAGUGUAAUGGAGCAAAAUAUAGUUUCAGGCACUGACGUCCAUGAACCAAUUGUUGUUCUGUCUUCCGCUGAUAGUGUGCCUCAGGCUGAAGUAGGGUCAUCUUCCAGUGCAAGCACCAGCACCUUAACAGCGGACAUGGGAAACGAAAAUGCAGAGAGGAAGUUAGGUCCUGAUAACUCAAUACGUACUCCUGGGGAGUCCAGUGCUAUAUCCAUGGGAAUUGUUAGCGUAAGCUCUCCUGAUGUGAGUUCGGUCUCUGAACUGACUAAUAAAGAAGCAGCUUCUCAACGACCUCUAAGCUCUUCAGCAAGUAACAGACUCUCAGUCAGUUCUUUGUUGGCUGCCGGGGCACCGAUGAGCUCCAGUGCAAGUGUUCCUAACUUAUCAUCUCGAGAGACCUCCAGCCUGGAGUCCUUUGUACGAAGAGUGGCAAACAUAGCACGUACCAAUGCCACAAACAACAUGAAUUUAAGCCGAAGUAGCAGUGAUAACAAUACUAAUACUUUGGGAAGAAAUGUCAUGAGUACUGCAACUUCUCCUCUUAUGGGUGCCCAAAGUUUUCCUAAUCUGACUACAACUGGUACCACAUCAACAGUGACCAUGUCUACAUCCAGUGUUACUAGCAGCAGCAAUGUAGCUACAGCAACUACAGUUUUAUCUGUUGGUCAGUCGCUUAGUAAUACUCUAACUACUAGCCUAACAUCAACAUCUAGUGAGAGCGAUACAGGUCAGGAGGCAGAAUAUUCUUUAUAUGAUUUUCUUGAUAGCUGCCGAGCUAGUACUCUGUUGGCAGAGUUAGAUGAUGAUGAGGAUCUGCCUGAACCAGAUGAAGAAGAUGAUGAAAAUGAAGAUGACAACCAAGAAGAUCAAGAAUAUGAGGAAGUUAUGGAAGAGGAGGAGUAUGAAACCAAAGGAGGCCGUAGAAGAACAUGGGAUGAUGAUUAUGUAUUGAAACGGCAGUUUUCUGCUCUGGUUCCUGCUUUUGACCCAAGACCUGGUCGUACUAAUGUUCAACAGACAACUGACCUGGAAAUCCCUCCACCAGGUACACCUCAUUCAGAACUCUUGGAAGAGGUUGAGUGCAUGCCUUCGCCACGCUUAGCACUGACCUUGAAAGUUUCAGGUCUUGGAACAACUCGAGAAGUAGAACUGCCCUUAACAAACUUUCGAUCUACCAUCUUUUACUAUGUACAGAAAUUGUUACAGCUUUCCUGUAAUGGCAAUGUGAAAUCCGACAAACUUAGACGUAUUUGGGAGCCAACAUACACAAUCAUGUACAGAGAAAUGAAGGAUUCUGAUAAAGAGAAAGAAAGUGGAAAAAUGGGUUGCUGGUCAGUAGAGCAUGUGGAGCAGUACCUUGGCACUGAUGAAUUACCAAAGAAUGACUUGAUAACCUACCUGCAGAAGAAUGCAGACUCAGCUUUCCUGCGCCACUGGAAAUUAACCGGCACUAAUAAAAGUAUUAGGAAAAACAGAAAUUGUUCCCAGCUCAUAGCUGCAUACAAGGAUUUUUGUGAACAUGGAUCAAAAUCUGGAUUAAGUCAAGGGGCCAUUUCUACUCUUCAAAAUUCUGAUAUCCUUAGUUUGGCAAAGGAACAACCUCAGGCCAAAGCUGGCAGUGGGCAGAACUCCUGUGGAGUAGAAGAUGUUCUGCAGUUACUUCGCAUUUUGUAUAUAGUUGCCAGUGACCCUUACACAGCACGAACUUCUCAAGAAGAAGGAGAUGAGCAUCCUCAGUUUAACUUUCCACCAGAUGAAUUCACAAGCAAAAAAAUUACUACAAAGAUUCUGCAACAGAUUGAGGAGCCUUUGGCACUAGCAAGUGGAGCUUUGCCAGACUGGUGUGAGCAGCUAACAAGCAAGUGUCCUUUCUUAAUUCCAUUUGAAACAAGGCAGUUGUACUUCACAUGCACAGCAUUUGGAGCAUCAAGAGCAAUUGUAUGGCUACAGAACAGACGUGAAGCCACUGUUGAGCGGACAAGGACCACAAGCACAGUGCGCCGUGAUGAGCCAGGAGAAUUCAGAGUUGGACGCCUCAAACAUGAAAGAGUGAAAGUUCCACGAGGUGAAUCCUUGAUGGAAUGGGCGGAAAAUGUCAUGCAUAUUCAUGCAGACAGAAAAUCUGUUCUAGAGGUUGAGUUUUUAGGGGAGGAAGGAACAGGCCUGGGUCCUACCUUGGAAUUUUAUGCAUUGGUGGCAGCAGAAUUUCAGAGGACAGAUUUGGGUGCUUGGCUUUGUGAUGACGACUUUCCAGAUGAUGAGUCUCGUCAGGUUGAUAUUGGUGGUGGACUGAAACCCCCUGGAUACUAUGUACAGAGAUCAUGUGGACUCUUCACAGCACCAUUCCCGCAAGAUAGUGAUGACCUUGAAAGAAUAACCAAACUCUUUCAUUUCCUUGGAAUUUUCUUGGCUAAAUGCAUUCAGGACAAUAGACUUGUGGAUUUACCCAUUUCUAAGCCUUUUUUUAAACUCAUGUGUAUGGGGGACAUCAAAAGUAACAUGAGUAAGUUGAUAUAUGAGUCACGGGGUGACAGAGACUUGCACUGUACUGAAAGUCAGUCGGAGGCUUCUACAGAAGAAGGGCAUGAUUCCUUGUCGGUAGGAAGUCUGGAAGAAGACUCCAAAUCAGAAUUUAUUCUUGAUCCACCAAAACCUAAACCUCCUGCCUGGUUUAAUGGAAUUUUAACAUGGGAAGACUUUGAAUUAGUAAAUCCACAUAGAGCUAGGUUUCUAAAAGAAAUUAAGGACCUUGCAAUUAAAAGGCGUCAAAUUUUAAGCAACAAAAGUCUGUCAGAAGAUGAGAAGAACACAAAACUACAGGAAUUAAUGCUGAAGAAUCCAUCAGGUUCGGGGCCUCCACUUAGCAUAGAAGAUUUGGGUCUAAAUUUUCAGUUUUGCCCUUCAUCCAAAGUAUAUGGGUUUACAGCUGUGGAUCUCAAGCCAGGUGGUGAAGAUGAGACUGUAACAAUGGAUAAUGCAGAGGAAUACGUAGAUCUCAUGUUUGACUUCUGCAUGCAUACUGGUAUACAGAAACAGAUGGAGGCAUUCAGAGAUGGCUUCAAUAGAGUCUUCCCAAUGGAGAAGCUGAGUUCCUUCAGCCAUGAAGAAGUUCAGAUGAUUCUUUGUGGAAAUCAAUCACCUUCUUGGGCAGCUGAGGAUAUCAUCAAUUAUACUGAACCUAAACUGGGAUACACACGAGAUAGCCCUGGAUUCCUUCGAUUUGUGAGAGUCUUGUGUGGUAUGUCUUCGGAUGAAAGGAAGGCUUUUCUCCAGUUCACCACUGGUUGUUCAACACUCCCACCAGGAGGACUGGCAAACCUACAUCCCCGGCUCACUGUUGUACGCAAGGUUGAUGCUACAGAUGCAAGUUACCCAUCUGUGAAUACCUGUGUGCAUUAUCUAAAGUUGCCUGAGUAUUCUUCUGAGGAGAUUAUGAGAGAGCGUCUGCUAGCUGCUACAAUGGAGAAAGGCUUCCAUCUCAACUGAGCCGCUGACUGCAACGUGGGACAAGAGAAAGUGUUUUUUGAUACUAGCGAAGCCUCUUGUGUUUGUGUGCAAAAAAUAUGAUCUCCACGCUGUGCUCUGAUGAGACUUGCCUUUUUUUUCACCUGUGAGGCUUUAGGAACAUGUGGAAUACGUUUGUUAGCUGCUAAUGACAAAAUAAAUCCUUGUAACUACACAGCCAGCAAGAAAUUGGCACAGAACACUGUGUGAUGCUUCAAGGGCUUGCACAACUGGAAAUUAAGGUGGUUCUGUUUGGCUGUUCCAAAGAACAGAUCAUCAGAUUUUCAGUGUUCACUGACACAAAUUUCUAACAGUGUAUUUGUGUAAAGUUUGUCAUUUAAUACCUUGUACACUACAGUUGCCAUCACUGAUCCCUGUUUUGCUGGCUUUAAGCUCAGAAACUUGCUUCCUUAAAACUUAGAGUUAAUGGGCAUCUCCAGCUUUUUCUUUUUUAAUGGUGCCUGCACUAUUGGAGUAUUUUAGUGGGUUUUUGCAUAUAAACAUGCACAACCUUUUUUUUUUUUCCUUUUUUCUUUCAAGUGGGAAUAUAUUUUGAUUUCUUAAAUGCCCUGCUAUAAAGAUCAAAUCCUUAAGUGUGUUUGUGCGGCUCGGCAAUAGAGCUAUUAAAAAACACUGGUUCCUAGUGCAAGGCACACUUAAAGCAAGUUUUACUUUGGUUGUAUUUUCUUUGUAUAUUAUAAACAUUUAUUUAACUUGUUGCAGUUUGAAGUUUAAAAAAACCACCUGGUAUGUAAGCUCAAAAGUAAUCAUUAAAAUGUUUGCAACAUAU